AUGGUUCGUGUACUUCCUUCAUCUGUUCAAUAGUAAUGGGCUUGGGCCGUUUAAGGAGGAGAGUAAGGACCACUUCGCCAGCCUCUCCUCCAUCGUUUCUCAUGACCCGGAGCUCCGCAAAAAGAAGGCGAUAAGGAUCCUUGAAAUUGGCGUUGGAACUGGUGUGAACAGUUGCCACUACCCAGACGGCUCUCAUCUGGUGGCAGUGGACCGAAACCCACAUUUAAAGUCUUAUUGGGAGAACUGCAGAAAGAGGUUGCCCAACAUUCAUACUGGAGAGUUACUGGUGGCUUCAGGUAGGGCAAAGAUACCAGGUGUGUGCGAAUGUCUGCUCUUUAUAGUAGGCGGGAGAAAAAAGUGUGUCAAGGGAUGGAAAUGUUGGAUAGCUGGUGAUUCUCCCAUCUUCCUUCACUGGAGGUCCGCGAUACAUUCAUGA